AUGGCAUGGUUUAGAGCUGGUUCCAGUGUGGCAAAGUUGGCUAUUAGGCGAACUCUUUCGCAAAGCAGUUCGUAUGUGACGAGAACAAGGGUCACUCGUGCUCAAAACCAACAGUUUCAUACUACAGUUUUUAAGUCAAAGGCACAAUCUGCACCUGUUCCACAUCCCGUUCCACUCUCCAGGUUGACUGAUAGCUUUUUAGAUGGGACAAGCAGUGUUUAUCUUGAGGAGCUCCAGAGGGCUUGGGAGAAAGAUCCUAAUAGCGUGGAUGAAUCUUGGGACAAUUUCUUUAGGAAUUUUGUUGGCCAGGCCACCACCUCGCCUGGAAUUUCUGGCCAAACGAUCCAAGAGAGCAUGCGGCUGUUGUUGCUUGUGAGAGCUUACCAGGUUUAUGGUCACAUGAAAGCCAAGUUGGACCCAUUAGGUUUGGAACUGCGGCCUAUUCCCGAUGAUCUAGACCCAGCCCUUUAUGGGUUUGCAGAAGCUGAUCUCGAUAGAGAAUUUUUUGUUGGUGUUUGGAGAAUAUCUGGAUUUUUGUCUGAGAAUCGUCCUGUGCAAACCUUGAGAGCGAUUUUGACUAGGUUAGAACAGGCUUAUUGUGGAAGUAUUGGUUAUGAGUACAUGCAUAUUGCUGAUCGUGAAAAGUGUAAUUGGCUAAGAGAAAAGAUUGAGACUCCGACACCAACACAAUACAAUCGUCAGCGUCGUGAGGUUAUCCUUGACAGGCUUAUAUGGAGCACCCAGUUUGAGAACUUCUUGGCAACAAAAUGGACUGCAGCAAAGAGGUUUGGGCUAGAAGGUUGUGAGACAUUGAUUCCUGGCAUGAAGGAGAUGUUUGAUAGAUCAGCAGAUCUUGGGGUGGAGAGCAUUGUCAUCGGAAUGUCACAUAGAGGCAGACUAAAUGUUCUGGGUAACGUCGUUCGGAAACCACUGCGACAGAUCUUUAGUGAAUUUAGCGGUGGUACAAAACCUGUGGAUGAGGUUGGCCUCUACACCGGAACUGGAGAUGUAAAAUAUCAUUUGGGAACAUCUUAUGACAGGCCAACAAGGGGGGGGAAGAGAAUUCACUUAUCUUUGGUUGCAAAUCCAAGUCACUUGGAAGCUGUGGACCCUGUCGUGGUUGGGAAAACUAGAGCCAAACAAUACUACUCCAAUGAUGUGGACAGAACGAAGAAUAUGGGUAUUUUAAUUCAUGGAGAUGGUAGUUUUGCUGGACAAGGUGUUGUCUAUGAGACCUUGCAUCUUAGUGCUCUUCCAAAUUACACUACUGGUGGGACCAUUCACAUUGUGGUAAACAAUCAAGUGGCAUUCACUACUGACCCAAGAUCGGGAAGAUCCUCACAGUAUUGUACAGAUGUUGCCAAAGCUCUGAGUGCUCCAAUCUUCCAUGUCAAUGGUGAUGAUGUAGAGGCAGUUGUUCACGCCUGUGAACUUGCAGCAGAGUGGCGUCAGACUUUCCAUACUGAUGUUGUAGUAGAUAUUGUAUGCUAUCGUCGAUUUGGGCACAAUGAGAUUGACGAGCCAUCCUUCACCCAGCCUAAAAUGUACAAGGUCAUCCGAAAUCAUCCAUCAGCACUUGAGAUCUACCAAAAGAAACUGUUAGAAUCUGGCCACGUUUCGAAAGAAGACGUUGAUAAGAUAAACAGCAAGGUCCUAUCAAUUCUCAAUGAAGAAUUUCUGGCCAGCAAAGAUUAUGUCCCUCAAAGAAGGGACUGGCUUUCAGCUUACUGGAUGGGUUUCAAGUCUCCUGAGCAACUUUCACGUAUUCGUAACACUGGUGUCAAACCAGAGAUCUUGAAGAAUGUUGGAAAGGCUAUUACAACCUUACCUGAAAAUUUUAAACCUCAUAGAGCAGUAAAGAGGAUUUUUGACGAUCGCUUGAAGAUGAUAGAGACAGGGGAGGGUAUUGACUGGGCAGUGGGAGAAGCGCUUGCUUUUGCAACAUUGCUUGUAGAGGGGAAUCACGUGAGGGUGAGCGGGCAGGAUGUAGAGCGAGGCACUUUCAGUCAUAGACAUGCUGUUCUACAUGACCAGGAAACAGGGGACCAGUACUGUCCCUUGGAUCAUGUUAUGAUGAACCAAAAUGAAGAGAUGUUUACUGUAAGCAACAGCUCUCUUUCAGAGUUUGGAGUUUUGGGAUUUGAAUUAGGUUAUUCCAUGGAAAACCCCAAUUCUCUGGUAUUGUGGGAAGCCCAAUUUGGUGAUUUUGCCAAUGGUGCUCAGGUGAUAUUUGAUCAAUUUCUCAGUAGUGGGGAGUCAAAAUGGUUGCGACAGACUGGAUUAGUUGUUCUUCUACCUCAUGGUUAUGACGGCCAAGGCCCUGAACACUCGAGUGCACGUUUGGAACGUUUCCUCCAGAUGAGUGAUGACAAUCAAUAUAUUAUCCCUGAGAUGGAUCCUACCCUUAGGACACAAAUACAGGAGUGCAAUUGGCAGGUGGUGAAUGUCACAACUCCUGCAAAUUAUUUCCAUGUUUUGCGGCGUCAAAUACACAGGAAAUUCCGCAAGCCUAUCAUUGUGCUGUCACCAAAGAACUUGCUUCGUCAAAAGGACUGCAAGUCUAAUUUAUCCGAGUUUGACGAUGUUCAAGGCCAUCCAGGAUUUGACAAACAAGGGACGAGAUUUAAACGCCUGAUAAAGGACCAAAAUGAUCACUCAGAUCUUGAAGAGGGAAUUAGACGUCUGAUUCUUUGCUCAGGAAAGGUUUAUUACGAGCUCAAUGAGGAGAGGAAGAAAACCAGUGGAAAGGACAUUGCAAUUUGUAGGGUAGAGCAGCUUUGCCCCUUCCCUUAUGACCUCAUCCAGCGGGAACUUAAGCGAUAUCCAAAUGCAGAGGUUGUUUGGUGUCAGGAAGAGCCAAUGAACAUGGGAGCUUACAAUUACAUUGCGCCUCGUCUAUGUACUGCUAUGAAAGCACUAGGAAGGGGUACUAUGGAUGACAUCAAGUAUGUUGGCCGUGCUCCAUCCGCUGCCACAGCUACUGGUUUCUACCAGGUUCAUGUCAAAGAGCAUACUGAACUAGUUCAGAAAGCCGUACAGCCUGAUCCAAUUAAAUCUCCAUAA